UUGGUCUGCCUUCUCUGGGAUCCAGACUGUUUGCGUGUGGCCCGUUUUCCGCCGAAUUCGAAGCUGCGCCCCGACUCUGCUUCGCUUACAGUCUGUCGACGGAGACUUUAUUCUCGCCAUUUGUGUCCGUCUCGAGGAGCGCUCUGGAUUGUUACCAGUGUUGAUCUUCGUCGUGCCUCCGCUCUAUUCGUCGUAAUUUCUGACUGAUAGUGGCCUGAGGAUUUCGCGGCUGUGAAGAACGGCGUUGGUGCUUCUGGUUGCGUCUAGGUUGCCUUUGUGUGAAGAAGAGUUUGUUGGCGCCCCGGUGCCUGGUUGUGUGAGGUGGUGGCUAUUUGCUCUUUUGCGGACGAUUAUUUGUGCAGGAAAGGGCGUAGAAGUACAUUCUUCUUGGUGUUUUCAUAGCGAGGAAAGCACUAGGAUAUCAAACAUGCUUCAGGCGGACUUUCGUGGAGCUAAUGGGCCCAAACGAGCUCGUACCGAUGAUUCGGGAGCGCGUGGUGAGGGUGAUUGGACAUGUCCCUCAUGUGGUAAUGUGAACUUCGCGUUCAGAACCACUUGUAACAUGCGCAAAUGCGCAACUCCGAAACCUGUUGACGGUGGUCAGAGAGGUAUUGGGGGUCCUUUGGGACCUGCUGUGUAUGACCAGCCUCCUGCACCAAUGUACAUGGGUGGCCCUGGUGCUCCUUCUCCACUUUCGCUCGGACUUCCUACUAGUUAUGGAGCUCCUAUGAUCAUGCCUCAACAACCGACGGUAACAGUCCCUUAUGAUUAUGGUGCUUCAAUGAACAAUCCCCAAUCAUAUCAACAGAUCUCCAGGCCAACAUCGUAUCCUCCUCCAGGAGCAGUCAUUGGCGGAGUGCAAUUUGCAGGACCAGCCUAUGGCGCUCAACCCGUCAUGGAUGCCUACGGAAUGAAUCUCGGAAUGAACAUGGGUCCUCCUCCAAUGGAUUCAAUGCAGAUCCCGGCCCCUAGAGCAGCAGGGAAUUACGGAGACGAAAAUGGAUCACGCAAGCGCAGAGGAGGUCCAGAUGGAUUUUCGGAGGGCGAUUGGAUAUGUCCAAAGUGUGGAAAUACGAAUUUUGCUUUCAGGACUACUUGUAACAUGCGGAAAUGCGGUGCUACAAAGCCAACUGAGAAUAACCGAUUCAAUAACGGUCCUCCUCCUAGAGCUCCUCCUGUGACUCAAGGGCCUCCUCCAGAUGGGAGCUGGACGUGUGAGGCAUGCGGUAACGUGAACUACCCAUUCCGGGUGAAAUGCAAUAGACGAAAUUGUGGCGCUGACAAACCAACUGAGUCGAAGGCUCCACCAGUGGCUAACUCCUCACCACCACCAACUGAUCAGGUUUGUGAAGCUCAUGUUUCAAUGUUAUCGCAGGUAAAAUGAUAAGCAUACACAGUGAACCGAAAAUUAAUACCCUAAAGGUAAUCUAAGUUGCUAAAAUGAGGUGUCACCUCGUUGUAGCAACCUACAUUAUUGAAGGAAUUGCACGAUGUAGGUCAUAAGUUUCGUAGUAUGUGUUGCAUUUUGUUCAUUUUCUGCCUUAAUGCUUGAAGUUUCUCUAGAGGUUUGAUUGUACUCGGAAGACCUGGUCUGAGGAUUGUGGGUUGAUUGCUUUUGGGCGCAUGCUUAAUUUAUUGGGAUGAGGGGUUCUGCUUGGCAUUUUUUAAAUAAUUCCUGUCAGUAUCUGCGGGAUGGUAGAAUUGCAUGUAACCACAUUAGUCUUAACCUGAUAGUAUUAUGAGCCAGGAUUUUUUUUCCCACACUUCUAAAGUCAUCAAUUUGGAUGUUGGCAUCUGAGCUUCAUCACAUGUUCUAUUUUUUUAAGAUUCUAACUUGUUGCAGAUGUAUGGGGUCAUUUAUACUGUUAGUCUAUUAAUACCUGAUGACAAUUUUAUUUUCUCUUUCAGAAGUUGUGCUAACAGUGUUUUUUCUUGAUUAUGAUGACCCUUGAAUGGUUAUUGAUUGUGUUCCGUAUGGCACUGUUCCAGUAAAUGCCGUGUGUUGGUCCGUCGCAAGGUCUGGUGGAACGAAGUCCAGAGUACCCAGAGUUUCGUACGUCAAGUGGUUGCGUGGGCGUACCAUUCUUCGGUCAAGGUGUCGUCUCAGAAGUCAGUCGAGGGCCGUCUCCGUCGUCUUCGUUCAUACGUUGGUGUGCUGUGCCUAUCAAUCAAAUAUGGUUGGUAGGUUGCAGGAGUCAACUAAACCAGGUUUUCUACAUGUUAGUUGAAACGUGAAGCCUGUUUUCUAAUUCGGGCUCACAUUUUGGUAUGGAUAGUCACUACUUGUACACAUCAAAGAGUGUUAGCCAGAAGAGUGUAGUAUGGGUGGUCUGAUUACGAAAGAGAGCGUAGCCCGUGUGGUCUGAUGUGAUCCAGGAAGCAGUCUUACCAAUUCUUACGGAAGUUUAGGGCAGCAGUGGUGGAGAUGAGGGCUUAUCUGAGAAAUUGUGGGCUGCAGUCCAUAGUCAUACUCCGCUCUUCAAACAAGUUGAGACUCUUCCUGUAGCUUUUGGUUAGGUAGUGCUUGAUUAAGUUCCUCCAGGGUCAUCUGUGAAAGGCGUAGCUGGUGCUUCAUUUUGUAGCUAGAAUUCUGCAACUAGUGUUAUUUCGCUGUUCAAUGUUCUAUAGUAGGGUUGGUCAGUUUUUGACAAGCGAUUGGGAAUGCAGACCUGAAUAAUUGCAUGUGAGGGAGAGUUAUUUGUAUUGCGCUUCUCUUGUUCGGUCUACUGUUCAAAGUUUUCAUUUA